GGCUUCACAAGCUCUGCCUCUUUACCAUUUUCUGUUCAAUUUCCCUGAUCUCUCGUGGCGCAUCGCAUCGAAAUGAACUUCGUGGGCAUCACCGUGGCGCUGGGACUUCUGGGGGGCAUCUGUGCUCAGAUCAAUGUGCUGCGGCCCGAGUGCGACUCCCCUGAGGUUGAGGAAGCUGCCCUGGUGGCUCAGGAUUACCUCAACGCCCAGCACAAUCACGGCUACAAGUAUGUACUGAACAGGAUAGAAGACAUCAAGAUCCACCCUACGUCGGACGGAAACAGCACAUUUGUCCUGGAAAUUGAUUUGCUGGAGACCGACUGUCACGUUCUGGACCCCACGCCUCUCGCCAACUGCACAGUCCGACCCAAACAUCUCACGGCAGUUGAAGGGGACUGUGACGUGGUGUUGAAGAAGGUCGGCGGGAUUCUGACGGUCACUGCAUUCAAAUGCAAAACAGAAGAGUCCAGAGAGGACUUAUGUCUGGGCUGUUACUCCCUGCUUCCCCUGAAUCACACCGCAGGCCUGGACUUUGUCCAGGUCUCUCUGACAAAGCUCAACAACAUCACGGAGAACGUAACGUACGCCCUCGUGGAGGUUGGAAGGAUGUCUGCACAGGUCGUGUCCGGUGGACACAAAUACAACACAGAAUUUGUUGUUGCUGAGGCGAACUGUGUUAACGACACCUGCACGGCCCUGAACGACACCACGGCUGCGCGUGGAAUCUGUACUGCUGAAGGCGUGAACGACCCUAUAGUGAACUGCAAGAUGUUUUCCACUCUGGUACCCCUUGUGGACGCAAACAGUACUGCACCUGUACGCCCGGCCUUGCCAUCGCACGGUGGGGGCCUGUCCCACAAGCACGGCCACAGGCACCACAAGCUGACUGCCCUCCAUAACCCCCAUCUGAGCAGUUUUCUGUCAGCAGAAUCUGCAGAGUCAGCUGAAGUUGUGCCCGUAGCCCCAGCUCUGAAUGUCUCCAGCACACCUGCAGCUCCCACUCAGACUACUGAGGAUUCCUCUUCAGCUUCAGACGCUUCAGCCAGCGCAGAGGUCCCCAUCACGGUGGUGAAGAGGGACGUUCCCGUCUCGGUGGCAGCCAGUGCCCCUGCAGACAAGACACAUCCGGUUGUUCCUGUCCAAGUGUGUCCAGGCAGGAUCAGAUUCUUCUAAAUGUUCAGGUCCCAAAGACUCUUAAUUACACUGGUACUAGAGUAAAUGCAAGUAUGUGCUGUGGUAGGUAGGAAAAAAUGUUUGAUGUUUUGAGUUCAAGCACCGCUUCUGAAAUUAAAGAUUUGUAUGUAACCACUUAAUAAAACCAAAGUUAAAUCUUG